UGCACAGAGUAUUCUAGAAAUAAGGCAAGUUAUUUAAAAAUUAAUUACAAGAUUAUGUUUAGAUAUAUACAUUAAUAGUGGUGUCAUUUCUACCAAUUUAAUCUUCUCUGAUUCUAGUUUCAACAGGCACCAUUAAAUGGAUAGAUGGAGAAUGACAAUGACACAGCAGUGACAGAGUUCAUUAUUUUGGGAUUGACUGAUAACCCUAUACUAUGUGCCAUCUUCUUUGUGGUUUUUCUAGCAGUUUAUGUAGUUACUAUAGUGGGAAAUAUCAGCAUAAUCAUUUUAAUCCGUUGCAGCCCACAGCUUCACACCCCAAUGUAUCUUUUCCUCAGCCAUUUGGCCUUUGUGGACAUUGGGUAUUCCACAUCUGUCACACCAGUCAUGCUCAUCAGUUUCUUAAGAGAAAAAACUACCAUCCCUGUCACUGGCUGUAUAGCCCAGCUUGGUUCUGAUGUCACUUUUGGUACUACAGAAUGCUUCUUGCUGGCCACCAUGGCCUAUGAUCGCUAUGUGGCCAUCUGCUCGCCCCUACUCUACUCCACCCACAUGUCCUCAACUGUAUGUUUCCUCCUAUUGGGGGCUUCCUACUUGGGUGGGUGCAUGAAUGCCUCAUCAUUUACAGGCUGUUUCAUGAACCUGUCCUUCUGUGGCCCAAAUAAAAUCAACCAUUUUUUCUGUGACCUCUUCCCCCUGUUGAAGCUUUCUUGUGGCCAUGUUUAUAUCGCUGAAAUAUCUCCUUCCAUCUCUUCUGGGUCAGUCCUUAUAAGCACAUUGUCUACCAUUAUUGUGUCCUACAUCUACAUUCUCCACGCAAUUAUGAAGAUGCGCUCAACUGAGGGAAGGAACAAAGCUUUCUCUACCUGCACUUCCCACCUCACUGCAGUCACUUUGUUUUAUGGGACAGUUUUGUUUGUUUAUGUGAUGCCCAAGUCAAGCUACUCAGCUGAUCAGGUCAAAGUGGCAUCUGUGAUUUACACAGUGGUGAUUCCCAUGUUGAACCCUCUCAUCUACAGUCUGAGGAACAAGGAGGUGAAAGAGGCAUUGAAAAAGUUGGUGGCUAGAACACAUUGGUUUUCCUGA